AUAAAUUCCUCACACCCUAUCUCUAUGACUUCUUGGAUGCCAUGAUCACUUGCCAGACAGCUCCUGAAGAGGCGUUCAUUAAACUUGAUGGGCUAGCAGGGAUGCUGACUGAGCAGCUCCGGAGACUCACCAAACAAGUGCAGGAAGCAAGACACAAUAGAGAUGAUGAAGCUGUAAAAAGGGCAGUGAAUGACUAUGAUGACAUCUUGGAGAAGUAUAUUCCCGUGUUGAUGGCCCAGGCAAAAAUCUACUGGAACCUUGAAAAUUAUCCAAUGGUGGAAAAGAUCUUCCGAAAAUCUGUGGAAUUCUGCAAUGACCAUGAUGUGUGGAAGCUGAAUGUGGCUCAUGUCCUGUUCAUGCAGGAAAACAAAUACAAAGAAGCCAUUGGUUUUUAUGAGCCCAUAGUCAAGAAGCAUUAUGACAACAUCCUGAAUGUCAGUGCUAUUGUAUUGGCUAACCUCUGUGUUUCAUACAUUAUGACAAGUCAGAAUGAAGAAGCUGAGGAAUUGAUGAGGAAGAUUGAGAAGGAGGAAGAACAGCUCUCCUAUGAUGAUCCAGAUAAGAAAAUCUACCAUCUCUGCAUUGUGAAUUUGGUGAUUGGGACGCUUUACUGUGCCAAAGGAAAUUAUGACUUUGGGAUUUCUCGAGUUAUCAAAAGCUUGGAACCUUAUCAUAAAAAACUGGGAACUGAUACCUGGUAUUAUGCCAAAAGAUGUUUCCUGUCCUUAUUAGAAAACAUGUCAAAACACAUGAUUGUGCUUCGUGAUAGUGUUGUUCAAGAAUGUGUCCAGUUUCUAGAACACUGUGAACUUUAUGGCAGGAAUAUACCUGCCAUUAUUGAACAACCCUUGGAAGAAGAUAGAAUUCAUACUGGAAAGAAUACAGUCACCUACGAAUCCAGACAGUUAAAAGCUUUGAUUUAUGAGAUUAUAGGAUGGAAUAUGUAG